AAAGGAAUAUGUAAUGUAGCCGUACACACUCACGCAGUAGUCCACCGGCGUCGACCACGUCUGUCACUCUCGUGUACAUACGAAGUAUCCAAGGUUCAAUAUGUGGUGCACAUACAUGUUAGCGACCGCGGCGUUGGUCGCCGUUGCCGACGCCUACUCCGCUGGGGCCCCCACCGGCGCCUGCAAAGACAUGAUCCCGAGGCACCCUCUCUCGCCCCAGACCAAGCCAGCGCCCUACAUCAUCACUCCUAGCACUACGACGGUGAAAGCGGGAAGCCCCAUGGAGCUAACGAUCUCGGGCAAGUCCCCCUCAGACAAGAUCCGGGGCCUGCUGCUGCAGGCGCGCUCGGGGGAGGACAUCGUCGGCAGCUUCAAGGUGGAGCCCAACGACCCUGUAGUCCAGCUGCUCAACUGUGGAAAACCCGAUAACGCAGUGACCCACAAAAAGCACGACGAAAGCCAGGACAAACAGCACCUUAAGUUGACAUGGACGCCCCCCUCAGAUCUCAAGGGCGAAAUCAAAUUCAGAGCCACCAUCGCACUGAAUGGCGCCGUCUUUUGGGUUGGCGUCGAGUCCGCGCCGGUCAAGGUGGUCUAAACACUUCAUUAGAGACCUUAGUUUAAAAUUAUGAUACAAAUUCCCCACUUAUAUAAGUUAAUAUAAAUUCAAUGUUACUUUUGAA